AUGAGUCUAAGCUCCCUCUUCUUCUGGACAAGCAAGACAGCAGAGGACAAUGCCUGGCACCCUGUACCCGGCCAGAACCCCACCAAAUACGUCGGAAACCUGCCACCAUUGAUCAAAAGACAAGAUCUCGAAGCAGCAUGCGUUGACAUAGCGCCUUUCGUAGCUGGAGCCAGUGCACUGGCUUAUGUACGGCAAUUGAACGAUUUUGGCUUCACGGCUUCGGCCAAUGUCUUCCAAAACCCUAGGACGUUGAUGGCUAUGCAUAAAUCAGUUUUGGUCGUCACACCGGUUGUGCUGCUCUGUCAAGCGUUAGGUGUCGAGUAUAGAAGAUUCAUCCCACGUUGGAGUCAGGAACGCGAGCGUGGGCGAGACGAGGAGAUGGUACGCCAGCAAGUUGGGUUUGGAAUGCUUGCUGGUGUGGCGAGCUGGACACUACGCAUAUAUGCCUUACGCUGGGGGCGGGCUUAUUGGGCUCCCAUAGACGUUGUUUUGGGCGGUGCACUGGCGGAUGUCAUGCAUAGGGAGUAUGUGAGGGCUCACGGCUUCUGA